AUGGAGGGAAAAGCCAUGUACGCCUCAUCUGAGGAGCAGGACGACGAAAUUUUUCAUGUCCAACCUAGACCAGAAAUGCGAAUCAGAUUCGGCGCUCAAGAUGAAGAGGCAGGCAGACAGACGAGCACACUUCCUAGAAUGGCUCGGACAAUCACAAAUAGCUCACAACUAUCCGCCACAAGUUCCAGACGCCGCAGAGUGUCUAUCGAUCCAGCAACUGCUCUGCCCAUUACUUACCGCACAGUCUCAUUUGCAAUCGAAGAGAGUAAGGAAAUACCAAGGGCUGAAGCAGAUCGUGCAAAGAAGGAUGCUGCAGCUGAGCUUGGCGAUUUAGAGUGGCAUACUCUGUCCACAGACGACGUAAUAGGUCGGCUGGAGACAUCAGUUACUGAAGGUCUCUCCAAGGAACAGGUCGAGGUCAAAACGAAAGAGUUUGGAAAGAAUAUGCCUUCGAAACCACCUUCGGAUUUGCUCUCGAGGGUCUUUGGAUAUCUGUUUGGUGGAUUUGGAUCCGUCUUAUUGAUCGGUGGUAUCCUGGUCACUAUUACUUAUGAACCACUCGGAGAACCAAAUCCAGCACAGGCCAAUCUAGCUCUUGCGAUUGUCCUUUACGCCGUCUUCGUCAUCCAAGCUUUAUUCAAUGCAUGGCAGGAUUGGUCAUCGUCUCGUACAAUGGCGUCCAUCUCUGGCAUGCUUCCUGAUGAUUGCUUCGUCCUCCGCGAUGGCAACCGCGUGGAGCUUGCCGCAGUCAGUCUAGUUCCCGGUGACAUUCUUUACAUAAAGUCUGGUAAUAAGCUCCCUGCAGAUGUUCGUUUCAUUGAAAUCUCAUCUGAUGCGAAGUUUGAUCGCUCCAUCCUGACUGGAGAAUCACAACCUAUUCCAGGUUCAAUUGAGAACACAGAUCUCAAUUAUUUAGAGACGCAUAACAUUGGUAUGCAGGGGACGCAUUGCAUCUCUGGAAGUGCAAUAGGAGUCACUGUCAGCACGGGAGAUAAGACAGUGUUUGGUAAGAUUGCUAAAUUAACCAAUACUCCGAAGACAGGUAUGACCACAUUGCAGAGGGAGAUCUUGAGGUUUAUCAUAAUCAUCUGUUCCAUUAUGGUGUUCUUCAACAUAGUUGUCAUCAUCUGUUGGGCCGCAUGGUUGCGACAUUCACAUCCCGACUGGAUCACCGUUGCUGGAUUAAUUGUUGAUAUCGUGACCGUGGCAGUUGCAUUUAUCCCUGAGGGCUUACCUAUCGCACUAACUGCUUCGUUGACCAUUACUGCGAAUAUAAUGAAAAGAAACCAAGUCCUAUGCAAGUCGUUAAAGACUGUCGAGACCUUGGGAGCUGUAUCAGUUAUCUGCUCGGAUAAGACUGGGACAUUAACAAAGAAUAAAAUGUUUGUAACGGAGUGCUCAAUCGCAGAAAAGACAAUGACUCCGGAGCAAGCCAUCGAAUUUCAGAAGUCCAAUGGCAUGACUACUAAUUGUGUGGCUCAGCUGCGAUCUCUGGCAGGCCUAUGCAACGCCGGUGAAUUCGAUGCUGCUACGCUCCAUUUACCUCUUGCGGAACGAAAGAUUGCCGGAGAUGCGACAGAUCAGGCGGUCCUCCGACUGUCAGAGGCAUUCGGGGAUGUUCGCCAGUUACAUGUGUUAUGGAGAAAGACUUUCGAGCUAGCAUUCAACAGCAAGAAUAAAUUCAUGAUCAGAACUUUGACACUAUCCGACCAUGAAGGUCUGGGACUUGCGGUAUCACCUCAGGAGCAGGCGGAAUGGAAAAAUGAGGAUCUGCUAUUGACUGUUAAAGGUGCCCCAGACAUUCUUGUCGAACGUUGCACUAAAUAUGUUGGUGAAGAUGGUCAUGUGUACCCAUUGAACGCGGAUAUGAGGAACUCUAUAGAGGUGAUCAAAAAUAAAUGGUCAAGUCAGGGAAAGCGGGUGAUCUUACUUGCAAGGAAAGUGCUCACCGGGCAUCAACGACAGCAUAAUCCUGAAAACAACACUUUUGAGGCCGAGAUUAUGCGACAAGCUGGUAGCCAUUUGAUUCUUGUGGGGCUUGUCGGCAUUGUGGAUCCUCCCCGAGAUGAAAUACCAGAGGUGGUAAAAGUCCUAAGGAGAGCUGGCAUACGAAUCUUCAUGGUCACUGGCGAUUUCAAACUCACUGCUCAAGCUAUUGCUAUCGAAUGUGGUAUCAUCACCAGUCCCACUGGCAUGAUUCAUGAUGUUUCUAAGCUCGACAGAAAUGGAUUGGAGACACCAAAAAGUGUUUCGAGCGGCGUCAUCUCUGAGAAAGAUGCAGACUCGAAGCAUGGAGACGCGAGGUCCAUAACUCUCAGUGGCCCGGAGUUGAUCAGUUUAAAUGAUAGUCAAUGGGAUCAGCUCUGCCAGUAUGAAGAAAUUGUCUUCGCACGCACUACUCCUGAGCAGAAGCUAAGAAUUGUCAAAGAAUUUCAAAAACGCGAGAACAUAGUAGGGAUGACCGGCGAUGGUGUCAACGAUGCUCCAUCCCUAAAAGCCGCUGACAUUGGCAUUGCACUUGGAAGUGGCUCCGAUAUCGCAAUCGAAGCCGCUGAUAUGGUCCUGUUAGAUUCUUUCGGCGCUGUCGUUGAAGCCGUCAAAUACGGUCGUGUAGUCUUUGACAACCUCAAGAAAACUCUCAUCUACCUUCUUCCCGCCGGAACUUUUUGCGAAUUUCUUCCCAUCAUUACGAAUGUCAUUCUCGGUCUUCCUCAAAUCCUCAGCUCUUUCCUCAUGAUUAUGAUCUGUUGUCUCACGGAUUGUGCUGGUGCGACGGUUCUUGCUUAUGAAAAACCGGAAGCUGACGUGCUUUUGAGGAAACCAAGAGAUGUCAAGAAAGAUAGGUUGGUUGAUUGGAAAUUACUCUUCCAUGCGUAUGUCUUUCUGGGUAUGCAAGAAGCCAUUGCCUCGUUUGCCAUGGCGUAUUGGUAUUGCCAACGGCGAGGAGUUACGUUUUCAAUCUUGUGGUUGGGAUAUGGAAAUUACCCGCCCCAUUUGAGUGACGAGCAUGUCCAAAACGUGUUGGCUGUGGCUAGCAGUAUUUACUUUGUCAAUUUGGUUAUUAUGCAAUGGUUCAACUUGAUGGCAACUCGCACUCGCCGUCUCUCAAUUUUCCAACAACCUCCUGCCUUUAACAAAGCAACACAAAAUCUCUGGCUCUUCCCAGCCAUAAUUUUCGCCCUCGUCGUGAUCUUUAUCUUCCUCUACAUACCAGGAUUAACAUCUGCAAUCAAUAGUAGCCCUAUUCCAGCGGAAUAUUUCUUCUUUCCAUUAUGUUUUGGUAUGUGGAUACUUUUCACAGAUGAGGUGAGGAAAUUGUACGUGAGGAAGUGGCCGGAAGGAUGGUUGGCAAGGGUGGCUUGGUAG